UGUCUUCUGAGCGCCAGCAGAACCCAAGUGGACUAGUGGAUGAUUCCUCUUGUCUGAGCAAGAGAUGGCAUGAUACCUGGAAUCUGCCUACCACGAGCCUCUGAGCUUUAGAAGCCAGCUGGAUGAAGGGAUGUAAUAGGCGCCUGGGAGGGACACUGAAGUCAGCAGUGGGGGGGGAGAGGCCUGGACACACCCCUUCUCCUCCAGACUCCUCCCGGUCAGGGUCCACCUGGCCAUGGACUUUGGACCUGGAUAAGUGGAGAGAAGCUGUGCUUUGGUGGACCUGAGUCUCAGUUUUGAAAAUGGAGAGUUAGGAAGUGGGGGUGGGGGUCUUGUUGAUCUCCAGGGGAGCUACUGAGAGAAGCAAAGAAAGGUACAUGGCUUCUUCCUAGUCCCAGUCCAGAAGAAUAAACCCUUAGACUGGGGAAGUGAGCCAGGCAAGCCAAAAGCAGCCUUGAGCCCUCCCCUUGCCUGCUCUCCCCUGUGGGGGCCAGGAUGCUGAAGAAGCAGUCUGCAGGGCUUGUGCUUUGGGGUGCUAUCAUCUUUGUGGGCUGGAAUGCCCUGCUGCUCCUCUUCUUCUGGACACGCCCAGCCCCUGGCAGGCCCCCUUUAGACAGUGCUCUCGAUGACGACCCUGCCAGCCUCACCGGUGAGGUGAUCCGCCUGGCUGAGGACGCUGAGGUGGAAUUGGAGCUGCAGUGGGGACUGUUGCAGCAAAUCAGGGAGCAUCAUAUUUUGUGGAACCAGAGGUGGAAAGUGCCCACUGUGGCCCCUCCAGCCUGGCACCGUGUGCCUGUGACCCCCUCACCAGCCGUGAUCCCCAUCUUGGUCAUUGCCUGUGACCGCAGCACUGUCCGGCGCUGCUUGGAUAAGUUGUUGCACUAUCGACCCUCAGCCGAGCAUUUCUCGAUCAUUGUCAGCCAGGAUUGCGGGCACGAGGAGACAGCACAGAUCAUUGCUUCCUAUGGCAGUGCAGUCACACACAUCCGGCAGCCAGACCUGAGUAACAUCACUGUGCAGCCAGACCACCGCAAGUUCCAGGGUUACUACAAGAUCGCCAGGCACUACCGCUGGGCACUGGGUCAGAUCUUCAACAAGUUCAAGUUCCCAGCAGCUGUGGUAGUGGAGGAUGAUCUGGAGGUGGCACCAGACUUCUUUGAGUACUUCCAGGCCACCUACCCACUGCUGAGAACAGAUCCCUCCCUUUGGUGUGUGUCUGCUUGGAAUGACAAUGGCAAGGAGCAGAUGGUAGACUAGAGCAAACCUGAGCUGCUCUAUCGAACAGACUUUUUUCCUGGCCUUGGCUGGCUGCUGUUGGCUGAGCUGUGGGCAGAGCUGGAACCCAAGUGGCCCAAGGCCUUCUGGGACGACUGGAUGCGUAGACCUGAGCAGAGGAAGGGGCGGGCCUGUAUUCGUCCAGAAAUUUCUAGAACGAUGACCUUUGGCCGCAAGGGUGUGAGCCAUGGGCAGUUCUUUGACCAGCAUCUUAAGUUCAUCAAGCUGAACUUCGUGUCUUUCACCCAGUUGGACUUGUCAUACCUGCAGCGGGAGGCUUAUGACCGGGAUUUCCUUGCCCAUUUGAAGUUUGUGACAAGUGGUCAUUACAGUGGCAGGUUCUUAGGUAGAGAACACCUGGAAAUGGUUUAA